AUGUCAGUGCAGUGUAUGCCACCUAUCGGUGCUCUGAUGCCAUUGCACAGAGGUAUAUCACGAGAUCAUUGGCACAAACGCAGGAAGACUGGCGGCAAACGAAAGCCUCUGAGGAAGAAGAGGAAGUUCGAGUUGGGCCGACCCUCAGCCAACACCAAGAUUGGUCCCAAACGCGUGCAUUUGGUCCGCACCAGAGGUGGUAACAGCAAGUUCCGGGCUCUACGUCUAGAUCACGGCAACUUCGCCUGGGCUUCAGAGCGCACCACUCGUAAGACCCGUAUCAUUGACGUGGUCUAUAACGCCAGUAACAAUGAAUUGGUCCGAACCAAGACUUUGGUGAAGAACUGCAUUGUUCUGAUCGAUGCAACGCCUUUCCGUCUCUGGUAUGAGAACUACUAUUCGGCGCCUUUGGGUCGUAAGAAGGGCUUGAAAUUGACCGAAGCCGAUGAGGAGAUCUUCAAUAAGAAGAGAAGCAAAAAGUGUGACAAGAAGUAUAAAUUAAGACAAAAGGUGGCGAAAGUGGAGGCGGCUCUCGACGAGCAGUUUAUGGCCGGAAGAGUUCUCGCAUGUCUGGCCUCACGUCCCGGACAAGUGGGAAGGGCUGACGGAUACAUUCUUGAGGGCAAAGAACUUGAGUUCUAUUUAAAGAAAAUCAAAGCCAAGAAAGGAAAAUAAAUGUUUGAUUUCAUGUCGUUUUUGAACUUAAUUUUCAAUAAAAUUCUUGAAUAAAUGUAUCGAUUAUUAAUUUAAA